AUGCGAGACCAGUACAUUUUCAGGGCUCCCUUUCUAUCCAGCCAGGAAAUAAAACUAGGAAAUUUGAUUCCCAACAUCAAAGACCCUGAGUUAGACGCCCAGGAAUGUCCUUGGCCCCUGGCCCUGAACGAAGAUUUCACCAUUAAGCCGAUUGCCAACUUCCACUCUUUCUUUAGGUCCGAGAAGGACGUGCGCCUCGCUGGAUUUCUCACUAGUCUUCUCAAGGCUUCCGGCCAGCACCAAUCCGCAAACAGUGACGAGUUUGCAUCAACCUGGGGCAACAUUCACACCUUGAAACAGCCCAACCUGUUCUUCAAGUCUCUGUGUAAAGACCAGGGUGUCAGGCAAUGGCUCCAGGAGCAGAUUGAAGAUGGCAUGGAUGUCCACCUGGUCGUGGGCUUCGUCACGUUCUUGGACGCAAGGAGCGCGGGUAGUUCUGGGUCGAAGGACGCGUUUCAAGGCCAGGGCGUUAUCCCUGUGACACAGACUUUAAGCAGUGGCUUCCCCAGUGAUGCUUUGGAUGUCAAACUCCGGGGCGGCUACCAAGCUAACUCGCUCGGUGGGCGGAGCUAUUGCGCUCCCGGCGAGCAGAUAUUCGCACUGCGAGUCAAAAAGCUGGCCUUUAAGUUUUACCGAUCCAAGAACGUGGCCAACGCAAAGUUGGAGAAGGAUACAUCAUGGGAGAUGGUGUCAUACAACCGAGCGGCGACAGGCAAUGAGUCGGAAUGGGUUGUAGCGUACCUCGAGGGCGAAAGUACUGAUGAAGCAGUGGAUGACUCUGGCGACAUGUUGCAAUUGGAUGACGAUGUUGAAAUAAUUUUUCUGGAUGAUGACGGUGAGAGCGAUGGUGACGGCGAGGAGGAGGAGGAUGAUGAUGAUGAUGAUGUAUAG